AUGGAGAAAGAAGAGAGAAUAUACCAGCAAGCGGGAGGCUCGUUUUAUGCCUUUUUGUCUUCUGCAGGGUUUGUUCUGGGGGGCGCAUUCGGCGUGUUCACAGCAGGCAUCGACACCAAUGUUGGGUUCGAUCCCAAGGAUCCGUAUCGCACCCCGACCGCAAAGGAGGUCCUCAAGGACAUGGGGCAGCGAGGCAUAUCUUAUGCUAAGAACUUCGCCAUUGUGGGCGCCAUGUUCUCCUGCACCGAAUGUCUGGUAGAGUCUUAUCGUGGAAAGUCAGACUGGAAGAAUAGCGUUAUUAGUGGCUGCAUCACAGGAGGAGCAAUCGGCUUCAGAGCUGGUUUGAAGGCAGGGGUUAUCGGAUGUGGUGGAUUUGCCGCGUUCUCCGCAGCAAUUGAUUACUAUCUACGGUAACAGCAGGAUCCCAUGGGGCAAGUUUCCCUUUUGUUCCAGUGCUGCUGGUAAGAGCCUACAUAACAGCAGAGGAACCAUCAGGCAUACCUUUCCACUGCCUCUGGAGUCCUGAUCGGUGCAAACUGGAGAGCACUGGCUGCUUUUCCUGAAUGACUAACAAUAAUCUGGCUCAGAGCCUUGGCGUGCUGCUUCAGGCAGAGUUGCGGGAGUGUGUGAGGAUGGAGCAAGCCAGACACAGUGAGCAGUAUCACCAGUAUGGAUCAGCUGACUGUCAGUUUCCAGGAAUCAAGCCUGGACUCUGAGCUUUCUAGAUCCUUGGAGUCUGAUUUUAAUUAAAUCUGUUGCUAGCACUGAAAGAGGCAGGAGGACAAUCUUUGUGAAGAAACACAGUGGUUUAGGUUACCAUGUAUUUGAACAUGCUGCAAGUGUUUAACAGUUAUCAGUUUGCAGCUUGCUACUCUGUUGGGGAGAGGUAAGGUCCUGUGGAGAAAUAGUUUGUUCCAGGCUUUUCUUAAAAUACCAACCGAAGACAAACCACCAUCUGUACAACUUGUCUUAUUUCAAGUACAGAGAUGAGAGCCAGAUUUCUUUACCAUGUUUUAAAGGGAAAAGCAAAAAGGAAUCCUUAGUGUGGUUACUGGCAGACGAACAAGACAGUUUAAGGGGAAAAAAGGGGUAGCUGCAGAAGUAUAAUUCUCUGUAGCCACUUGGCUAGCCUGAUUUAACCUCGCUGUGGGAGUACAAAUAAUCUUGCUACUGCUUUAACUGCUACAGGCUCACACCAUUAGUUCCAGCAGUUUGAUGGCUAGAUUAGAAAGCAGAGUUGUAAGAAUAAACUGCAGUUGGACUGAUAGCGAGGCAUUCACUUAGCACACAAACUGUUUCCCAUGACGUUCUUGCACCACCCCCGAGUGCCCCAGUAUUACCCUGGGGAGAUCAAAGAGUCAUUUCUGCUGUAUUUCUGCAAAACAUUGAUACUGAAGUCAAAACACCUGUUUUUGAGCUCAGGGAACUCCCUUUUUCAUUUGCGCUUGUGUUAGGUCUAUCUUGCUUUUAUAACCAAACGCUAAAAGCUCCAUUGUUAUGCCUCAGGGGAUAACUUUUAAACUCAAAAUUGUUUAGAGUGGUUUUAACCUUCCUUAAGCCACUCUGCAAGGGAAAAACCCAUUCUUGUGUUCUAGAGGCACUGGGAUUUCAGAUGCAGUGUACUCCCCUAAUGGGGGUUCCCCCCACUACUUCCCAUUCUGCGCAUCCGUGGUUUGGCAUCCCAAAACAGUAAUAGCACUUGCUUACCUGGAAGAGCAACACCAGCAGGUUAGCUUGGCCGAUAAGUUGGUCAUUUUGGAGGCAUAUUGUCUCCCAUGCCCACAUAGACAAAAGCAUGUGAUCUACCAGAUGAGGUUUGCAAAUCGCUUGCUCUCCUUUGCUGUGCCUGUCCAGUAUCCUCAGGCCAGACGCUGUGCGAGUCAGCUGAAUUUGAAGCUUUAGUAAUUCUGGGCUGAUUAAACAGGCUGGCUCCAGACAGUCCAGGUUUUUCCUCCAGAAUGUACAGCAAUGCAAGGAUGUAGCCCAAACCAUAAGAUCUCUCUUAAAAGAUUGCCUGGCACGAUGCCUGUGCUUGUACCACUGGCUUGAAACACAAAAUAGCAAGAUAUCCAUGUCAGGGGAAGACGCUAUGAUGCCACGGCGAUCAGUUAGCGCAGAGAGCAACACCACAGGGCUCUUUUGUGCAAAUGUUGGGGCUUUGCAUUUUUAUUAACAUUUUUUUUUCUCACAUGGUUUACAGCCAUUUAAAGUUUAUAAUCUACAGAAAUUGAAACAGAACACAAACAAAAAUAUAUCCUUAACAACUUUUAAAAGUCAAAUAUUAAUUAACAGUUCUAUUCUACCCAUAGCUGCAAAAGUCCAUCCCCCCCCUCCUUUCCCUUCGGUAGGGACAAACAAGAGCCAGUCACUGGGACGGCCGCAGCCUGUUGUGGCAGGGCCGUGUGGACCAGGCCUCCAGCCACUGACAAGCAGGCGGGGGAAUUGGCUGUAGAGAGUCUCCAUCUGGAAUGACACUAUCAUGGACAGAGACUUGGAUACAUGUAACAAAUCAGA